ACAUACGUGUACUAGUAUGACGAGCUUGUCUCAUUUUAUCGACCACUAAGUCAGUUCGCUUGCAAGACAAUAUAGGAAAUAUUUUGUCUAGGUUUUAUUAUUAAAUAUGGCAAGCCAGAAAUUUGCUCCACCGCCAUCUUCUAGAAGGGACCUAUCAAUUGACUACCGAUAUAAUGCAAACGAAGAAACUUUAAAUGAAAUGGAGGGAGACCUAUACGAGAAUGUAACAUACGAACAACCACGCGCCAUCCAGGGUAACUCGAAUGGAGGUACUUCAAACAAUACCACUGUCGAGACCAAAACUCUAAAAUGCACACCUAUCAACGUCGUCUUAUCUAUCGCUGUCGUCAUAAGUAUUAUAUUAUCAGUAUGUGGAAUCAUCCUUGUUAUACAGGUUGAUAACCGCCUUGAGAGAGCGAUCGAAAGUAAGAGUUAUUUAAUUGUCAUCACUAAUAUUUGCUAGGUUCCUUAGGUAUUUUCAAAACUACGGGAUCAGAGCCAAACGCAAAAAGUUGAAGAAUUAAUUGAAGCUAAAAAUGUAUGAAUUAUAGUCUGUACAUAUAGACGAUAAAAGAUUGCGCACGGAUGUUGAAGUGAAUUUGAAAAUCUAAGUGAAUUAAUUUACUAUUAAGAACACUGUCCAUACAUAAUGAGUAAAGAAUAUACCAUUUGUCGAA